AUGCAUGUAUCGAGUAACCAAACGAGCCAUACGACGUCGUUUCGGGUCUGCACUUCUUCAUCUUCUUCGUUGAAACAAGAAAUGUUUUCUUCCACAGAUAUCAACGUUGAGAAGAAACAAUCCAAACACCUCAAUUUCUUCCAAAGGAAUUUGAAUUUGAAUUUGAAUUCGAUACAGAAUUUCAUUUCAUCACACCCUCUGUUUUUGCUGUUGAUUGCGUUUUUCGCCGUUCAAUUAAUCAUCAUCGCCGUUACCCGAAAUUUACCGGCGUGUUUCCCCGAUCGGAAAGCCAAAAUCGCCACCGCCACCGCCGACGCCGCCGGGGAUUCCAACGGCUUUCAAGCCGAAUCUGACGCAGAACCGGAAGGCUACAAAUGCCCCUUCGGCCAAGUGUACGUCUACGAUCUUCCGUCCGCCUUCAACGACGAUUUGCUAUCGUCCGAUUGCACCGAUUUAGACCCUUACAACUGGCAAUGCGGAAUCGCCGGAAACCAUGGCUUCGGGAGACCGGCGGCGGAACUCGUCCGAAUUCUGCCGGAGAAUCUUGCGAAAUCGUGGUACCGCACGAACCAAUUCUCGCUGGAGUUGAUUUUCCACCGUCGGAUCUUGCAGCACCGGUGCCGGACAUCGGAGCCGGAAUCCGCUGCGGCGUUCUACAUCCCAUUUUACGGCGGACUCGCCGUCGGGAAGUAUUUGUGGGUCGACGACAUUGCUAAACGCGACCGUCUCUGCAACGAGAUGCUGGAUUGGGUCACGAGCCAGAAGUUCUGGAAAAGAUCCAACGGCUCAGAUCAUUUCCUUACGCUGGGCCGCAUCACAUGGGAUUUCCGGCGGCUGACCGACCCGAAAAGUAAAUGGGGCUCCAGUUUGCUCAACUCGCCGGCGAUGCGUAACGUCACGCGCUUCAUCAUCGAGAAGGCCGACGACGACGACCACGACGUCGCCGUGCCGUACCCGACGGGAUUCCAUCCUAGUAGCCGCCGGGAUCUCAAUCGGUGGAUGGAUUUCGUCCGCGGCCGCGACCGUAACCGCCUGUUCACAUUCGCCGGCGCCGCCCGUCCGACGGCACAACCGGCGGUGCGCGGGAUUCUGCUUAACCAGUGCCGGAAUGAAUCGGAGACCUGCUGGCUGGUGGACUGCGCCGCCGUGCCGUGCGCCUCCGACGCGUCGGAGACGAUGAGGGCUCUUUUGGGGUCAGAGUUCUGCCUCCAGCCGAGCGGCGACAGCUCGACCCGGAAAUCGGUUUUUGACUGUAUGGUUGCCGGUUCGGUGCCGGUUUUUUUCUGGAACAAGACGGCGUACGAUCAGUACGAGGGGUUCCUCCCCGGAGAUGCGGAGAGCUACUCAGUGUACAUAGACCAUGAGUUGGUGAAGUCCGGGAGCUUGCGGGUGAAGGAAGUCCUGAUGAAGUACAGCAAACAAGAGAUCAGGAAGAAGAGGGAAAAGGUGAUAGAGACAAUUCCGAGGUUAAUAUACGGAGAUUUUAAUGAGGGAAUGUUGGAUUUCAGGGAUGCAUUUGACGUAGCCAUUGAAGGAAUUUUGGAGAGGAUAAAGGAGGAGAAAGAAUGGGUUGGCUUUUUGUAA